UCUGCACCUAGCGAGCGCGCCGGAAGCUGCUGCCCCAUCCUGGGGUCAUGAUGGGCAGUAAGAUGGCGUCUGCCAGCAGGGUCGUUCAGGUAGUCAAGCCACAUACUCCAUUAAUAAGGUUCCCUGACAGAAGAGACAAUCCUAAACCUAACGUAUCAGAAGUUUUGAGAUCAGCAGGACUACCGUCUCACUCUUCUUCAAUUUCACAGCAUUCUAAGGGAAGUAAAUCCCCAGAUUUGCUGGUGCAUCAGGGCCCACCAGACACUGCAGAAAUAAUAAAAACAUUACCUCAGAAAUACAGAAGGAAACUUGUAUCUCAAGAAGAAAUUGAAUUUAUCCAACGUGGAGGUCCAGAAUAAUCACUGACAGUGUGGCUGCUGUUUGUCAUCAGACAAAAGACUAGUCUUUACAAUAAAGGACUUCCAAAAUGGCACACGAGAAAUUAUAUAGUAAACAACUUGAAUAAAUACUCUGCAAAAAAAAAAGAAAUCUAGAAAAUUUA